AUGCGCGAGCUACGAACCACUGGCUUGGCAUCCAACCACGCGCGGCUGAACGCUGCUUCUUUUCUGGCCUGCAGUAUGAGUUUCGACUGGAGGCGUGGCGCAGAUUGGUUUGAAAGCCAUCUUCUGGAUUACGAUGUGACAUCCAACUGGGCGAAUUGGGUCCGCUGUGCUGGUCUAACGGAGGGACGCCUGAGCUCCUUUAACGUAGUGAAGCAGUCACAAAAGCUGGAUCCCGAGGGAGUGUACCUGAAGCGCUGGCUGCCAGAGUUGGACCAGGUGGCUUCGGAGUUGAUCCAUGAGCCGUGGCUCAUGACUUAUCAGGAGGCUGCGGACUCGGGGGCCUCCGCCUACCCGCCUCCCUGCAUCGACCCCUCCUUCUUCGAGGGCCGUUUCGGCCCACGGAUGGAUCCAGAUCCUCGGACGGAAGAGGUCAAGGAGCACUUCACCCUCCGCAAACUGCAGGAGAGGGUAUGGCGGCUCGAAUCCGAAAACAAGGAGUUGAAGGUUAACAACUCCAUCUUGCAGACGCAGUACACCUCGCAGUGCGAGACACAAGCUGACAUCCUCAGGACUCUUCAUUCCAACCUCGAGGACAACUACGCCACUAUAGAGCGGCACGAGCGAAGAAUUCUCGAGCUAGAGCAGAUGCUGGAUGACCAGAAGCAGCAGGCAAAGGAUGACUUAGACAAGGAAAUGGCCUUGAAAGACAACGACAUAGCCAAGCUGAAGACCCAGAAAGAAGAUCUGGAAAGUCAGCUCCGAGAGGUGCGCGAGUUCCAGAGGGACAAAGAAAACAUGGAGAAGGAACUCGCAUCGCUGAAGCAGCAGCUGGAAGAGAAGAAGGAGGAGUUCGCCCGAAAAAUGAGCGACUUUGACCGGAAGAAGGCCAUGGACAUGGACAACCUCCGCAAGGACAUGGUCAAGCGAGUGGAGGAUGCCAAUGAGAUGUUGAAGGCGAAGACCAAGGACCAGCUAGACUCCACCACCAAGCGAACCAUUAUGGAGAACGAGCAGAUGUUUACCGAGCUCCACUUCCAGAGCAAGGAAACCGAGAAGCUCAUGGACAGGAACCAGUCUCUGCUGGAAGAGAAUGCCCAGCUGCGUCGGAAUCUCCUCAUCCACAAGGACUUGGAAAAUGAGUUGGCCCGGCGCACUCACUUGUACCAGCGGCUCCUCAAGAAGAUGGAUCAGAAGUUGAAGACCGAGGCUGCGCAGCAAGAGCAGUCUCGGGAAUUCAACCCUGCGAAGUCGACAGAGUCUGCCAUGCCGGAGCAGGAGAGCUUCUCGCUCGGAGGCUCCAGGGAAGUCUCCGGAACCCAUCCUCACAGCACCAGCCUCUCAUUCGAGGAGAUCAGCCGCUUGCAAAGGCAAGUGGAGGAUCAUCAGAGCACGCUGCAGAUGGUGCGCCACGAGUUCGCGCAAUAUCGGCGAGACCAUGCGACUUUGGCGCAGCUGCAGGACCAGAGCACGAGGCUAAUCAUCUCGGCGCUGUAUGAGCUGAAGCAGCAGAAGGAUCAAGCACCGUUUCCUCCUACGUCGUAUGACCCCGAUGCUGAGUGGCAGUUCACCAACAUGACGCCGAAGCAGAAAGAGUACUUUUUCCGCGUUCUGCUGGAGAAGCUCAACAGCAGCAUGUGCGCAAUGUGCUUUCCUGUUGGACCACAGGCCGCCUCCACUGCCAGUUUGCCAGCCAUCGGCAAACAGGAGUGUGGGAAGGAGGGAAUCCGGUUCUCGCAGUUCCUAUGGUCCGUGGCGACCGAUGGCGGGCCAUCACAAGGCCUUCGGCAAGAGAUGUGCACGAAAGCUUGCCAGACGGAGACAAGCAAUGCAGAUCCAUGUUUGAAGGAGGGGAUCUGGAACCCCAAGGGCAAGACUUCGCACCUCAACUCAGCUGGGAUGAUCACUGCUGGCGUGGUUGCCGGCAACGUGAGGAACUGGGGCCCGAAGGCGGUUUCGCACCGUACGCGCGGCUUCUGA